CUCAUGCAGAAUUUCAGCUUGAUGACAUUGAACUUAUGUGGACAAUUGUGAUUAAAAAAUAACUGAAUUUGUGCAGUUAUAAACAUGUAGAAGAGUUUGUCAUCAAAUGUUUGGAAGUAGGAUCUAUGUAACCUUCUUAACAGGGACUGAAGAUUAUAUACUUAAAAUGACCCUUCAGGAGAUGGUGCAUCAGGCAGCCAGCCUGUAUUCUGAUAGAAAAGCAGUAUGUUUUGAUGAAUGUAAUGAUAAACCUCCAGUUUUCUACACUUACAAGGAGGUUGUUAGUCUUGCCACAGAAUUAACAGUUUUCCUGCAAAACUACUGUGACCAAAGAGGAAGGUUUGAAAUAGGCCUUUACUGCUAUCCUGGAAUAAAUUUACCAUCUUGGAUUUUAGGAAUCCUCCAAGUUCCAGCUGCAUAUUCUCCUCUUGAUCCAGAUGCACCACCAGUGUUAUCUAACUAUUUUAUGAAGAAAUGUAACCUCCAGUAUAUCCUUGUUGAGAAUGACAAAAUAAAUAAAUUCAAACUAUCCCACGCUGGCUGGUUUUACCAGAGUUCUUUUGCAAUAGAUGAUGUUGGUUUAACUCUUUUCCAAAUUAAUUGGAAUGAUGUUGAUGUAAAUCUGGUGUUAGAUGGCGCAGAAGACAAACAUGGAAUCUCCAGAGCUGCAAGUAAUUGGGAGACAGAUUACAUAGCUGACCUGGACCAACUUAAAUCAAAGACAUCACAAAGUGGGUACAUGGAUGUCGGGCAGCAACAUUCUUUGGCAUACAUCUUGCAUACAUCAGGAACUACAGGGAUCCCCAGAAUAGUCAGAGUACCUCAUAAAUGUAUUGUGCCAAAUAUUCUUCAUCUUCAAUCCCUAUUUAAGAUCACACCACAUGAUAUGCUGUUCCUGGCCUCACCUCUGACGUUUGAUCCAUCUGUAGUUGAGUUGUUCAUUGCUCUGACAAGUGGAGCCUCUCUGCUUAUAGUACCAAACCCCAUAAAAAUGAUGCCUCUGAAGUUGUCUGCUGCUCUUUUUCACCGUCACAGGGUGACAGUGUUGCAGGCAACACCAACAUUUCUCAGACGAUUUGGAGCUCAACUUAUUAAGUCAACUGUGUUGUCUACCAGUACAUCACUCCGUGUCUUAGCCCUCGGUGGAGAAGCAUUUCCUGCACUGAAUGUCUUGAGAAGCUGGAAGGGAAGGGAAAACAAAACACAUGUUUUUAAUCUCUAUGGCAUUACAGAAGUAUCAAGCUGGGCCACAUGCUACAGGAUUCCAGAAGUUCUUAGCUCUGAUCUUCGAUUUGAUUCCCCUGUACCACUGGGAUCACCACUGCUUGGAACAACAGUUGAAGUCAGAGAUGCCACUGGUUCUGCAGUUCUAGAUGGAGAAGGACAAGUUUUCAUAGGUGGUAAAGAACGAAUCUGCUUCCUUGAUGAUGAAGUAACUGUCCCUUUGAACACAAUGAGAGAAACAGGGGACUUUGUGAGAGUGAAGGAUGCAGAGAUGUUUUUCUUAGGACGGAAGGACAAUCAGAUUAAACGUCAUGGCAAACGUCUUAAUAUUGACUAUGUACAGCAGGCUGCUGAAGGUCUUUGUCAUGUGGAAGCCUGUGCAGUGACAUGGUAUCAACAAGAAAAGUUAAUCUUGUUUGUUGUACCUAAAGACAACUUAGCAAGAGACACUCUUAAGGAACUCCAGAAACAUCUCCCAACCUACGCAAUCCCUGAUGAACUUGUGCUGAUAGAAACUUUGCCUUUCACAUUGCAUGGCAAAAUUGAUGUUUCUGAGCUGCGCAAGAUUUACAGUAACCAUCUAAAUUCCAGAAGGCAUGACAGUAAACUGAGCGGAGCAGAGGAAUUGUGGGAAAGAUUGCAGUAUUUAUGGAAGUCUCUCCUGGGUCUUCCAGAUGAUUCACGCAGCAUUUCCAAAGAUUCACUGUUUCUGUACAGUGGUGGAGAUUCCUUGAAGUCACUACGGUUUCAUGAUGAGAUUGAGAAUUUGGCAGGCAAGGCCAUUCCUGGGCUCCUGGAAGUUAUUCUCAGCAGCUCCAUUGCUGAGGUUUACCAACAUGUUCUUAAAGCUGUAUUCCCAAGUGAGGACCAAAUAAUGAAUCAUAACACUGUGAAAAGAAAACUGAAUGAGAGCAGUGGAGAGGAAUUCCAUGGAGAAGACACAAAACCAAAAUCUAGAAGGUACUUUAAUGCUGCUGCAGGAUUGAUUGCAUUUAUUGCACUAAACCGAGGAAAUCGGAUGUUGUCGAUGACUUCCCCUGAGUCUCUUAUGAGCCCAUAUAAUGCAGGACAGGCAGGAACAGAGUUAAGACAGCAAGCAUCUUAUUCAUCUGCUGUAACUUCUAAUACAAUGAAAUAUGAAGUGACAGAGAAUAAAUCUGGAAAGAGCAGAAGAAGUCCAGAAAUUGCAAGCAAGGCAAAUGAAACAGGUACUCAUUCUGUAGAACAAGCUCCUUCAAAAAUGCCUGAGAAGCUGAUAUUACAUGUAAGAUGGAAGUCAAAUAUGGGCAAAUGUGUAGAUGCCUCCCCAUUAGUUAUAACACCAGCCACGGAUGAUUUAUCUGCAACUGUAUACGUUGGGUCUCAUUCUCACACAAUGCAGGCAAUUGAUUUACACUCAGGAAAAAUCAAGUGGGAGAGAAUCCUUGGAGAUCGUAUUGAAUCCUCUGCAUGUGUGUCUAAGUGUGGAAACUUCAUUAUUGUUGGCUGCUAUAAUGGUUUAGUGUAUGUACUCAGAAGCCAUAAUGGGGAAAUACACUGUAUCUUUACCGCUGAAGAUGCUGUGAAAAGCUCUGCAGUUGUGCAUCCUUCCACUGGACUAGUCUACAUUGGAUCGCAUGACCAGCAUAUAUACGCUUUGGAUAUUUAUAAGGAGGAGCAUGUCUGGAAGCUGCACUGUGAAGGUGGAGCUGUGUUUUCAUCUCCUUAUCUAAGUAUCUUGCCAAAUCACCUGUAUGCUGCUACACUAGGAGGACUUUUAUUGGCUGUAAAUCCAGAUACGGGUAAUAAGAUCUGGAAAAGUUCCUGUGGAAAACCCCUCUUCUCCUCUCCUCACUGCAGUGAGCAGUAUGUGUGCAUUGGAUGUGUGGAUGGGAAUGUGUACUGUUUUAGCCACUCAGGAGAAAAGGUUUGGCAGUUUUCCACCAGUGGACCAGUCUUUUCAUCCCCAUGUAUCUCAAGUUUCACUAAGCAAGAAAUAUAUUUUGGCUCCCAUGACUGCUUUAUCUACUGCUGUAAUAUAGAAGAAAAGCAUUUUGUCCUGCAUAGGAGUUUCAAGGAGCCAUAGCUGAUGCCAAACCUGAAAAAAUAAUACAACAUGACCUGUACUUCAUUUUUAAGUAGUGCAUUGAUGGUUGCAGUGACUUCAGCACCAGCAAGCAGGAAGGUAAGCAAGUGGAGCACAAAGCUGCCAUUUUAUCGCAAAGCCUCGUGGAUGAGCGUUUGAGUGAAAGGCAGGUUUCCAAUAUACACACGACAACCAUGUGGUAUAUGCAUAAUCUACCACUGCAGGUGGCUAUUGCUUUAACAAUUCAUUCCAAAACCCAUAGUAAAUUGCCCGAGCAGCUUAGGCACAGCAUUGGCUCCUCCAUUGAUUACAACAAACUACUCCAAAAUCUCCAAGCAAUUCUUCCACAUCAAUCAUGGUACCAUGAAGAAUUUCAUUGUUGCAUGGCAUAACGAAGUUGCUACCUCUCACCAUUCAGUGCAGUUUCUUCAUAGUUCCUGUGAUGAGGCUGACAUUAAAAUUAUCUUGAAUGGCAUCAGUGCCCCAGAGAUACUACUAAAUGCUGGAUUUUUGCACAAGACACAGAUGUUUUAGUGCUCUCUGUGAAAUGCUACCCAAGAUUUCUGCAAGAUUGUUUUUGUGGCUGCUGCUGGGGAACAGAAUUGCUGUAUAUCCCUCAGAAAUGUGUUUCUAUCCCUUGGACCAUUAAAAACUGCACACUGUCAAGUUUCCAUGCCCUUUCAGGAUGUGACAAUACUGGAAGGUUGGCUGAAAAGACCAAAUUAUCUUACCCAAAGGCAUUUGAUUCAUCCUCCAAAGACUCUCCUUGCUCGAAAUGGCUGAGACAGUCACUGAUGAGGUCAUAGAUGCACUGGAGAUGUUCAUAUGCCGAGUUUACCAUUUGAAAGCCAACAUUACAGCACAUGAACAGCACUGUAGCUGGAUGUUUUCCAAGAAGCAGAUGGUGAAAAGCUGCCACUGACAAGGGUCAAGAGGGAAAACUCCAUGCAGUAGAAUGAUUCUAGGACAUCCAGAAACUACCCUUCCCCCAUGGGGCAUGAAUGGGUCUUGGAGAAUGAACUUAUCAUGCCAGUUAUGUGUGAAAUACUAUAUGGUCCACAAACAAUCCUUCCGCUAAUUAAAUGCUUUCUGUCAAAAACCAGAUGCUCAACACCCUGCAAAUGUUUGGCCAGAAGUCUGCCUUGUACAGAGAUGUGAGUGUAUUGUGCAGAUGAGGAUCAGCGUGACGUGUCUAG